UUCUCCAAAUGAAUUUUUUUUCUCUUUGCAAAUUUCCUCCUCCUGCUGCGUGUUGCUUUCUCCCCUUUGCAAAAGCAUUAUUCAUCCACCCUUUGUCCUCCCUUCCCCCUCCCCGCUGCCUCCGCUCCUCUCUCUCGGUUCCUCCAUCACUCUCCAAGCUCUGACGAUUCCCGCACUUAUUUCCCGGCAACUUUGGCUGCAGCAUCAGGCAUCACUGUUUAUUGUUUUGCUGCUGGUGCAGACCCCCAAAGCCUGCUCUGGGAGCUGGCGGUGCUGCUAAUUAUUUGGACUAUACCAUACUGAGAAUACCAGCCUGGGGGUGCCAAAACCUCAGAGCAGAUGAGAGAAUCCAUUGUGAGCAGGUGUCCCCCUCCCUUUUCUUUUCCCCCCUGAGAAGCACGAGAUUCGCACCUGGUUCCUUCAGCCUCCGCCUCGGCGCCUCUGCUGUCAGCUGUCAGUUGCCCCCGCCAGCCCUCCCUCUCCCCUUCCUCCUACGGUCCAGCCCCGUCUCACUUCAGGGGAACGUCUCUCCCCAGCACUCGGCUUGCCUUUGUUUUUUCUCCAGUCAUUUGCCCAACUUGCUUCUCCCUGUGAUCCGAGAUGGGUGAAAAAAUGACCCCUACUCCCCUUUCUGUGAUUCUCUGGCCUUCUGUGCAGCCUCUACUUGGCUCGACUGGGAAUUAGGGGAGAGGGAGGGAGGCGUGACGGCCAGAGGCUGGAGAAGGAGCUCAGGAUUGGGGACCCAAGCUGCCCCAUUCCCCAUGCCCCUUGAAGAAGGUGUUUCAAGGUGGUGCAUGUCAGAGGGGAACUUGCAGGCAAAGUUGAAGGCAAACCUGUGAAGCAGAGACUGAAAGGUGGUCUCUUGGCGAGGAGGGCCCGUUUCCUGCAGCCGGAGCCCAAUGUCACCCUGAACUCAGCCCAAGGUGUCUUCCUGGGGCCCAGCCAGGAGGAGAGGACCUGAAACUGAAGAUAGUCUCUAUGGAGGUUUUGCGGAGAGACUGCCUGGCGGCCUUCAGAGAGAGUGGAACAGCUGGGUGCUUGUGGCCACUGCGGAGGACAGGACGAGGAGAUCCUGUAUGCCCUGGCUAACCGGAGCCAACAUUGCCUCUUCUCUGCUUAGUGCUCUACCAUUGCCAGAGUGCCCAGCUGGCAUCUCUGAACCAGACUUAGGCUAACCACCCACAGCGGGCUGGGAAGCCCUAUGAAGGAGAAAGCAGCAGCUCACCUGCUUAUCGGAGCCAACAGGGGCCACCUCCCUUCUUAUCCUCUGCCUCCAGCACCUUCAGCCACUCGGAGGCUGGCGCGUGGGCAGAAGGCAAUCUUCCUCUAUUCCUAAUCAGAACCCAGCAAUUACUUCAUCUUCAGUCACCCACAGAGUCACUGCUGUUUGUCCCUGCCCCUGGGAGAAGGUAGAAAGAAACAUUUUCUGCCUUGUGCCCCAAAGCACAGCUGUUAAAAAUAAGAGUCCCCCUUCUGCUGUUCAUUGUGGCCAUUGCUCUCACCCUACCACACAGCCCUGCCCAGCCCAGGAAUCAGGCUUCUCUGACAAGCUACCCAUUUCCCAUUGGCUCCAGCUGUCAGAUUGCCUGAAGAAAAUGUAUUUUCUACCUAAGUCUUUAACCAAGGGCUAAGGCAACAGUUAGUAAAGAAUAGGAGAGAGAAAGACCAAGGGGCCCAGAGGCUGGAAAGACAGGCAGGUGCUUAUUCUGGGCCAGAAUGAGUGAACCAAGGUGCAGGAAUGGGCGGCCACAUGUGAGGGCUUUGGUACUGUUGGAAACAUCUGUAAAGUUCUAGUGAAGAGUCCCAGAGCGCAGGACCCUGACCUCAGGAGAGAACUGAAUCAGGGUUUGUAUACCUGCCUGCAUACUCUCCCUCCCCAAAGUGUAUAAAGGACAAAUUGUAUUGCAAACAAAGACCAUGUAAAAGAAAGACCUUCAGGCAUCCCCAACUCUUAAAAGGCUCUGAUCCCCUGAGACAGUGCCUACCAAUGCCUGUGCGAUGCAGAGCCUCACGAAGAACUGAAAACCAAGGAGAGGGCACUUGCAGAUGACGUUGCUCCCAUGGCAGCGUCUGUGCCCGUGGGCUUCUCUCUGUGGAAAAUGGUGGAGGCUGCUUCUGCCCCAGGAGGGAGAAACACCGACUCCCUGGCUUUGGCGCCAGAAGCCUGGAUCGGCUGCCAGGUGACUUCUAUUUCUAUCUGGUUCUCGUCUGGGGGGGCCCUGGCCGGGCAGCCCCCCAACACUUCUCCUGCCCUGAAACACGGCUCUAGCCAACCUGCUCCGCUGCUUCACCUGCGACCGUCUCUGCGGGGGCUGCACGGCGCCAGCCCCUCCAGCCCGCCAGGGCAUUGUCCUCCAGCCCGUCAUGCCCAGCUGUGACCCCGGUCCGGGCCCUGCCUGCCUCCCCACCAAGACUUUCCGCAGCUACCUGCCCCGCUGUCACCGCACUUACAGCUGUGUCCACUGCCGUGCACACCUGGCCAAACACGAUGAGCUUAUUUCCAAGUCCUUCCAAGGGAGCCAUGGCCGAGCCUACCUGUUUAACUCCGUGGUCAACGUGGGUUGCGGGCCAGCUGAACAGCGCCUCUUGCUCACGGGGCUCCACUCGGUAGCUGACAUUUUCUGUGAGAGCUGCAAAACCACACUGGGCUGGAAAUAUGAACAAGCUUUUGAGACGAGCCAGAAGUACAAGGAAGGGAAAUACAUCAUUGAAAUGUCACACAUGGUGAAGGACAACGGCUGGGACUGAGGGGCUCAGGCAGGCUGUGCCCUUCCUCCGCAUGCCCCUCCCUCCCCUCGGCCCUGCCAAGCAGUCUAUACCAGCAUGAGUACUGCCCCACCCCUGGGGGAAACCUGGCUCCAACCAACCCCUCCCCUGCCUCCACCAUAUCCACUACCAGGCACCCUUCGGAACAGGGGUCUGGGGGUACCCCAGGGGUAUUAAGGCUCAGGAGUGGGCAGCAGUCAGGGAGAGACAGAACUGGGGGAAAGGGAUGGUUGUGGGUCCUUCUGUUCCCAAGAUCCUGAACACUGAGGCGAUGGCAGGGUGUAGACUCAGGCAGAGAGGAUUGUGGGAGGAAUCUCUUUUUGCUCCACCUCUUUUUGAGUGAAGAGAGGACAAACCUUGGGUCACAGGGCUAGUAGAUCAUGGACCACAGAAUAGCAGAUGAGAAAUGGCUUGGGUUGGAGUGAAAUUUUGGUCUCAGACACCAGGAGAGACCAGAGUCUCUGAGGAUGAAGUUUCCCAACCCUAUUUGUAGGGAAAAGGACUUGGGUGCAGGGAAAACUCCCCGGCCCUGGAAAAUAGUAAAAUAAUCAAAGGGUUUUCCAUUUCACUCCACUUGUUAGUUUAUCUUGGCACUGAAGAGGCACUUUCGAGUAUCUAACUUUUGCCAUUGGGUGGGGUGGGGACAGCUGCUCGCGGAACAGCCCCCACCCCCAGUCGGCUGCUUCCAGAGUAAGCAGUCUUUAUGGGCUUUCUCUGAGGCCCAGUCACUGCUCCUGGGACCCAGUCCCCUGGAGGGGAGGUGGAAAAUCAGUGCUACGGGGCCAGUCUUUCCCGUGGCUGCCACCAGCGAAUGAAACUUUUGUAUGAUACAUAAAGUGCUUGAGUCUAUUUUUAAUAAAAAGGGAAAAAGCAACUUGA